CGUGCUCAUUUCCGGCUGGUUUAUGCAACAAGCAGAGAAUAUUACAGCUGUUUUAUGUCAGUAAAUAACAACAAAAUCUGCAGUCGAUUUCAUAAUGCUUAGCUCGAGGAUCUUAACGAGACUGGGCAGCUCUCCUUGUCCGGUAAGUGUAAUCUGUGAUGCAAAUAUGCAAUGCCUGUGAGAGGCUCCUUUAUGACUUCCUCCUUACACUGAUCUAAGCCUGGUUCUCACUUGUCUCACUUUCUAGGGCCAAGAGAGUACUGUCACCAUCGUAUUUUGCAAAUAUAUCAAACAAUUGGUUUAAUCCAUUUACUUCCAGAAUUAAGACCACUUAAUUAUCAUGAUGGAGUCUUAUAAGGUCGUCCUAUUUAUUAUUUUUUAGCAUUUUACCAAGUGAAAUUGGAAUUUUGUUGCACUUUGACUUUGGCUACUUUUGGAAGUGACAGGGUUCAGAGCCCAGUACUAUUGGCCACUCUUGAAGACAGGACAUUAGGGUCUAGUGAACCAUAUAUAAACCUGAGCAUUCAAGUCACAUAUAGCAUAUACAUGUAUGUGUCUUUCCCAUGAAAGCGAAAUUCUAUGAUUGUAGCAUCAAAAACACUUGCUUUCUUUAGUUUGCUUCGUAAGCUUUCCUUGUGCUAUCCCAGCCUCUUGCGUGGGUUCAUUUAUACUGGUAAACUGAGUCAACUCACUCUUAUUGGACACCUCCCUAUAACAGAUACCUACUUUAAUUAGUUGGUCCCAGUCAUUUUUCAGUCAUUUUCUUUGACUGUCUAUACCAUGGACACCUCUGUAAGACUGACCAUUACAGGAAGUACCAAGGGUUACCAUUGCAGAAAAAGCUGACUCAGCUGUUGCUGAAUUAAAUUGCAGGUUUUUCAGCCAACAAGGUUUGCUGCCAGAACAAUGGCAUAUGGCUAUAGCAGGACAAAGAGAAAACAGUUACCUGUUAAUACAGUAAGUAGCAAGUACAAUCAUAUAGACUUGUUCUAAGUUAAAAAUUCCUCUCGGGUUUAAUAAAUCAGUAUAAAUCUGUGAUAAGUCUUUUUUUUUUUCAUUUUGAGAAGAGAGGUGGGGAAAUGCCCGAAACAGUGUACAUUUUUUACACAUGCCAACACCCCUCUCCCCACUGUCUCUUUGAAUAAAUUAACACCUGGUUAACCUGUUAUUAAAUCAUGCUAUAAAUAAAAUUAUGCCUUUUAAAUGCAUGUACCUGGUACCUGGUAAGUAACUGUAUCAUUUACCUGAUAGAAAAAUUACCUGUUGGAAAAGAAUCAAUUUUUAAACUAAUAUCUUUUAUUUUAGGUGAUAAAAUUUGUUCCUCAACAAGAGGCUUGGGUUAUUGAAAGGUUUGGUAAAUUUAACAGAAUUUUAGAACCAGUAAGUUGCAUGUACAGAUUCUCAAAUAAUAAUAAUAUUGUUAUAUUGUAGUUCUAUUUUUUGGAAGUGUGUACGCACUGUACCUGUUGUACCCUUUAAACUCAAAGGCAGCGACAUAUUGUGAAUAUGUUAUUUCUUCUUGUUAUUAAUUGUGGGCGAAUUAUAUCCUCAGAGGAAAAAUUCAAUCAAAGUUUACACAAAGGAUGAGCGAGCUCCCCACCCUGGCUCCAGUUCAACAUUUUGAAUUCCCUGCUUCUUAUAUACUGGGCAGAAUUUCAUUUUUCAGGGCCAGGAGACUGUACCUCACAAAAUGUGCUUGAUUAAAAUUGACCCCACAAAAAGAAAACUGUAAAAUACCAAACAAUUUUCUUUUUCUCCUGAUUCUCAUAUGAUCCAGGUCACUGCAGCUCCAGUAGUGAUAGAUGUGUUCAGUCAUUCUGUUAAUGAAGUGUGAUUUAUAAGUUAAUGAAAAAUCCAUGAAUAUAUUGCACGUAUACAAGUAGCAGUACAUUUAGAAGAUAGAGAACUUUCACUUGGUAAACAUCAAUGUAAAUUAAUAGAGGAAUAAUAGGAAUAAAUAUUAGUAUCAUAAAGUAUUAUUAUAAUAUAUAAAUGUAUCCCAGUUAAUAUUAUUUUACUCUUUUCAUCGCCAGGGGCUAGCUAUUCUCUUACCUAUUAUUGAUGACAUCAAGUAUGUACAAAGUUUAAAGGAGGUAGCCAUUGAAAUUCCUUCGCAAUCUGCCAUCACACUUGGUAGGAAUUUAUAGGAAUUUAUAUCAAUUUUGCACUUUUUAUCUCUUCUUUUUUUCACAUGCACAGUUUAAUAAAGUAAAUUUAGUUCAGCAGCAUUUCUAGGAGAGUACCACGCCCAGUUCUGGUGGACGAGCUGAAGCUUUGGGCGGGGGCUUACAUGUACUUCCUGGCACUGUUACUGUUGAGCCAGGUCAAGCAUAUCCCCCAAGAUCCCACUCAUGAAUUUAUUAUUCGAAAGUAGAAUCUGUUGGUAGUUGUAGAUUCAUCCCUACAUUCUUGCAUGCGUAAUGAGCUGUGAAUUCACACAGGAAGCAGUUACUAAAUUCUACCUGCUCAGUUUCCCUGAAUUUGAUGUAAGUGUCUUCUUACUUUACUUCACUUAAAUAGUUUGCCAAUAGAAAGGAUUAUAAGUAUUGACAGGAAAACCCAAAAGAAGAAACUAGUUCCCUCACUGAAGGGUCACGUAAGACUCACUAUAAAUAAAAAUUAAAACAGCUAAAAAAAUUCUAAAUACCUAAACAAGUGGUAAUUAUGUAAAAUUAUUAAAAUUAUGUAAAUUUAUCAUAAAAUUAUUAAAAUUAAAUUAAAUUAAAUUAUUAUUAUUUUGUGAGAAAUUUAAUCCAUUCAAAGAUUUUCAAUCUGACCAAAUACAGACAAGUUCUCAUAAAAUAUUCACUUUUUAUCACGCAUACAGGAAUGCCGAUUUGAAUUUGACACUGGUUACAGGAACAACUAAUUUUUCAAGUGAUCAAUAAUAUUCAUUAAAAGAAUAUUGUAGGGGUACGCUUGACCUGCCUUCCCGUAAAAAAAUACUUUUGUUGUUCAAAACAGGAGAAAGAUACAGUGAAUACUGUUAGAUGGAUCUUGUUGAACAGCACUAUGCACCACUUGGCGCAAAGGUCAAUGAUGAUGAUGAUGAAUUUUAUCCAUACCACCUACAAUGUAUGCUAUAUAAUACUUACAUUUUUCUUUUUCUAUUUUAAUAGAUAAUGUUACUCUUCACCUUGAUGGAGUAUUGUACUUGAGAGUGACUGAUCCAUUCAAGGUUUGUUUUUUUUCUGUCUGAGGCAAACUUGUUACAUAGGCCAUCAACUCUAACAUGUUUCUCAUAGUAAGUAUUAAAACAGUGCGGUCUUUGAGGCAAAACACAUGAAAAUCCAAAAUAUUAUUUAAUAUAACUAUAAUAAUUAAUACAGAAAAUUCCUUUAACAUGUUUUAAAUGGUUCUUAUCAUUUAUUAAGGUUAAGUAGUCCAGGAAAUACCUGUCCUUUUAGUGGUAAACUAUACCUGUAGACUGAAGGGUUUAACAUUAACGUCUUACGUACACGUAACAAUGUAACAAGAUACCGGACUUGAAUUGCCACUUGGUAGUACGUGUGUCCUGGCAGCUUAAUGCAGCAAGCAGCAUCUUUACUCAUAUACUGUUUGUGGACUUUUUCAGCUGCAAAACCUAAACAGUUUGCCCCUUUCUUGAUGCAUUCUUUAAUAAUGCGACAAGACGAAGCAAACAGACAUUUAACCAACAGAAUUUAAUGAUCAACAUUAUCUAAUGUGAUUUGUCCCCAUGGUUUGUUGACUUCUGCAUUACCACUGUCAUUAUGUAGGCGUCAUAUGGAGUUGAAGAUCCAGAGUUUGCAGUCACUCAGUUGGCACAGACAACCAUGAGGUCCGAGCUGGGUGAGUGAAGUAUAACUCUGCAACCAUCACAUAACCAUCAUAGUUUGAUCCUGACCUAUGUUUGUAGUGGUGUACAAUGUUUCUGCAAACUGUGCGAAUACACAAGACUCGUUUUGCUAAUCACAGGAUUUAGUAGUGUUCUCCAACAGUAGAACAGUCAAAAUCCAUACAACAGAACCUCAAUUUCCACACCAAUUUAUUAUUUUACUGCUUAAUUUUGCUUAACUGAGACCACGAGGUUUACACAAAAGUCUGAUUGUCAAAUUAAGUUGGCCCGCAAUACAGACUUUCUUGUGGUGUUGCUGCUCAUGUCUUGUCGCCAGUUGGUUCUCAUUUAAGCUCUCCCUAGUGACACCAUGUUUUUUGUGAAGAUGACUGGGGACUGUAGAAUAUUAAUUUAUUGUUUGCUUUCCUUACAGGAAAGAUCAGCUUGGACAAUGUAUUUCAAGAACGAGAAAGAUUAAACCACAACAUUGUAGGUGAGAGCAUGGAAGUCUACCAUGUCCUAACUAAAAAAAACCUUGAGAAAGUUUAAUAGUCAAAAAAAGAAAAGCAUUUUUUAUCUUCAUUUUUUUUUUUUUUUACUUUCUAAGAGUAUGGCAACAACAUAAGUAAACGUUAAGCAAAUUUAUAGUUUUGAUAUCAUUAAUAUUUUUACUUUUAGUUUACUAACUGUCCAGCAUUAUAAAGUGUUAAUUAAUAUGUGCAAUAGUAUCAGAUGUAACUUAAUGUUUAGAGUAGACCAUGGUAUUUUUUAAGGGAUUUGCAAUAUCAAACUGUUUUAAAAUUGUACAAUACUUUAAUUUGGGUUAAAUUUGUCAGAGUUUCACAAACUUUGUUUAACAAAUUUUCAUCACUUUAGUACUGUUUGUGUACUUUUUUAGAUUAUACCGGAUGCUAAUCAAUCUUUUCCUUACAGAGGCCAUAAACCAUGCAGCAGAAGUCUGGGGGAUAAGUUGUUUGAGAUAUGAAAUUAGUAAGUUAUAGUUUAAACUGACUUAAAUGUACACUGUUUUGAUAACUGCGUGUUGGUGACCUACGUGAUUUCUGGUCUCUAUCCCAACAUAGAGCAUAUUUGAAACAUUUCAGAAAUUUGGGAAAAGUCUUGAAGAUGUACACUCUGAUAUUGCGUUGCCGCAUCAAUGUCUAAAAUUCCUUUUGGUAUUUCAUUGAAUGCCUAUCUUGCAAGUAGGCUCCUUUUGGGGUCUUGUAGAAGAUUGUGUUUGCUUUUCACACAAGCAAGUUGUUUUUCAGCUCGAAGUGCACUUCAGCUCGCCUGAUGUUCGCAUAAAAUGCCACAAUGGGAGAGCUUACUCAAAUACUGCGAAUCUCAUGCAAAUACUAAUUACAAGUCAACAACUGUCGUGUCAUUUUCUUGCAGGGGAUAUUCAGCUGCCUAACACAGUAGUAGAAGCCAUGCAAAUGCAGGUAAACUUGUGCAGCAGUCACUCUCUCUGUGUUUUUUCAGUGGUUGAACGUGAUCCUUCAUAACUAGCAUUUUUUCUUGUUCUAGGUGGAAGCUGAAAGAAAAAAGAGAGCCGCUAUACUACAGUCAGAAGGUGAGUUUCUGAUGACAUGAUCUUACCAUGUACUUCUAGGUUUUACAUUUGGUGGACUGAACCUAAAAAAAUGCGAGAUUUUGAAGCCAUCACAAAGAUACUAAAUUGCAGAUCACAGCAUUCUGAAAACCUUUUCAUAAUUUAUUCACAUUACGCAGGUGAAAGGGAAGCUGCCAUCAACGUAGCAGAAGGAAAGAAACAGAGUCAAAUUUUAGCCUCGGAAGCCAGAAAGAUGGAGCAAAUCAAUCUUGCAACUGGUAAACAACAAUGUUUUUAUCGUUUGAUCUUUAUGAGAAAAUUACAAGAAUUUCUGCUGAAAUGGCAUGUACGUAUCUCUUAAGUUGCUUUUGUUGAAUGGAUGUUCAACAACACAGUGAUUUGACAUGUUUUUACAAUUUUAGGUGAAGCAAAUGCCAUUAUUGCGAAAGCCAAAGCACGUGCUGAGGGAAUUCAGCGAGUUUCUCUUUCUUUGCAAGAAAAGGUGUUUAUCAUCAUUUAUUUACAUUGUAUAAAGCUUGCUAUCCGUUUAUCAUUUAUUUAUUUAUUUAUUUAUUUAUUUAUCGUGGACUUCAAUCAGCCCCAGCUCAGUUCUUCAAGAGGUUGGCUUGUAUCCUUGCUCACCUAUUUCUCGUAGGAAGAAUUAUUACGUUAAUUGAUAAAACCCUUUCGAGUUUUUUCGAACCUGCUUGUUGGAUGAGUAGUUAUUCCGUAAGAAAUUUGAAUUCAAAUUAUUGAUCAGGAUGAGAUAGUUUCCAAAACCUGUCUUGGUAAUUGUUAUCCAGUGAUGGAUUGUUAAGUAGAAAGCAUAGUGCUAUGGUUAACUAUUUUUCUUGUGAUUUUAGUUAGGAGAGAGGGCAGCCAGUCUCAAUGUUGCUGAACUAUACGUGACUGCAUUCUCCAAUUUGGCCAAGACUAAUAACACCGUGGUUCUGCCAGCAAAUGUAGGAGACCCGGCUUCUAUGGUAGCGCAGGUAAGCUGCAAGAGAUAAUUAAAUCGGGAAAGUAAAGGAGAAGGUUGACUUCAUUUGCAAAAGAAAAAAUCUGCCUCACUACUCAUACAACAAGACUUUGGAAUUGCCUCAUUAAUCCGGGCAAGUUCCUUACUGUCUGAACAGAAAGGGCGGGUAAUAAAUUAUUCUGGCUUAAUUACCACCUCUCUCCCUUGUCUAAACUUGGAAUUUGAUCACUUAGGGCACCGGACCAUAGCCGGACCAGUUCUGACAAAUAGAAAGCGCCCUUAGCGCCCUCGCCAUAAGUCUUGAAAUCGUCUUCUUUUCACGUCCGUGAGGUCGUUUCCUAUCUCUUAACCAUACUUUACAUGCAAGUAUUUCUAAGGUAAUUCCUCCCUUCAGAGCAUUCAUAAAUAUAAACUUACACACUUCGUUUCAUUUCAUGCCAAUCCUGCAAGAACUAGGUAUCAGAGACUCGAACAACAGCUUAAAACAUGCAUAGAAUUCUAAGAAUAUUCAUUAACUUGUUGGUCAUAAUGCCAGAACUGGCGCACAUAGCAGCUGUGAUCUUAAUAUUUUAUAAUAACAAACUGUGUCUUUUUUGUACCAUGUUGGUAAAUUAUCAGCUGCAAUAUUAACGGUGUGUCGCUAUCUCGGUGUGUUCUUUCAUAACGUAACGAGACGAAACACACCCACAUGCAGUGUGACUGAGAAAAAGUCUUUCCCCUUUUAUAUCGUUGUUUUUAGCGAUGAUUGUUUUUUUCUAAGCUUAAACACAGUCAAGGCAGCACCAGACACACGCCCUUAGUGUGCGGUUCAUAAAAAGAGGCGUCCGCCAUCCUGUGCCAGAGGAGACGAUGGCCAAAUUUUACUUGCUAGAACUGCACGACCAGCGCUUAUAAGAACGUGCGUAAACGAUCUGCGUAAACUAAUCAACAAUCUUGUUCCCAGGGUUUCUUUUCUUCAUCAGUCCCAGGGACCCUAGAAACGAGUUUGACUGAAGUCAAUAUAUGUUAUCCGUGUUUUGACUAGGAAAAACCAUCUCGUUACAAUCAUAAACGAGGACUUUGGAAAAAGCAUAAGGGUGAAAUCAAAAGUUCUUCUCUGUUAUUGCGUGUUGAAAUUACUUUAUCAAUGUUUGCUUUAAUUCGUGUGUAUUGUUUUGUCAGUUAAAGGUUAUGGCAAAAGUUUUAGGAAAACACGUUUCAACGACUUAUUAUACUCGAUGCACCCGUGGUUUGUUUUGGACUCAAUUCUCUGUAUUACUUCCAGGCUAUGGCAGUAUAUGGACAACUAACUGGGAAACCUUAUAAUGACCCUCCCACCCCACCCUCCGGAUUACCGGGUGGUACGCCAGAGCACACAGGACCGAGUGAUGAUGGUAGUGUAGAGAGCUCGACAAAACCCAAAACAUCUGUCUCGUCAACACAAGCAUUUAGAGAAGUAGAAGGUUCAAAAGACUCGCAAAUGAAAUGGAGCCCACCUGGCGCCGCGGGUUUCAGAAAACCAGGAAGCCCAACUACAGCACACUUUACUGCCGCUACGUCACCAACGAGAUCACGUGACUUCUCUUGAUUUAG